AUGUCGUACUAUCCUCCACCAGGGCCACCUCCCCAGGGGUCACACUCUCCGUACCCACAGGGAGGCUAUCAACAACCUCAGCAACAGCCCUACGGACAACAAGCCUACGGUCAACAGCCUCCCCCGAUGAAUCAAGGAUACUACGGACAGCCUCCACCGAUGCAGCAAGGCUACAACCAGCCUCCCGGGCCUCCGCCGGGCCACUCUCCUUACCCACAAAUGCAGCAAGGUUAUAACCAGCAACCGGGACCUCCCCCAAGCCAUUCACCUUACCCACCGAUGCAACAGGGUUACAACCAACCUCCUGGUCCACCGCCAAGCCACUCACCCUACCCCCCGAUGCAGCAGGGCUAUGGUGCUCCCCCUGGACCCCCGCCGGGACAGCAGGCCUACGGCGCACCAGGCUACGGCGCGGGUCCACCCGCGGGUCCACCGGCUCAACCUUCGAUCGGCUACGUUCCAGGCCAACAGGCGAACAUGGACAUGUCGCGCGCUGCUGAUGAUCUCCGAAGCGCAAUGAAGGGCUUUGGCACCAACGAGCAGGCUCUGAUCAAAGUUCUAGCAGGUCUGGAUCCUCUCCAAGUCAACAGUGUAAAGGCCGCCUUUCAAUCACGGCAUCAUCGCGAUCUGAUGAAGGACGUCCAUGGCGAGACUUCAGGUUACUUCAGAGAAGGUCUCGAGGCCAUCAUUAGAGGACCUCUCGAUCAAGACUGCCAUGUCCUGCAUGAGUCUAUCAAAGGUGCAGGAACCAAGGAGAGCGCGAUGAACGAUGCUCUGCUUAGCCGUUCGAACGCGGAUGUGAACGCGAUCAAGGCCCGCUACCAACAGAUGUACCGCCGAUCGCUCGAGUCCGAUGUCAGGGGCGACCUCUCCAUGAAGACCGAACGUCUCUUCGAUAUGGUCAUGGCCGCACGUCGCGCUGAGGAAAGCACGCCAGUCAUGCCACAGCAAGUCGACGCAGACGUGCAAGAACUCUACCGCGCCACCGAGGGCAAGACUGGCACAGACCAGAUCGCAGUCUGCCAAAUCAUGGCACAUCGCUCCAACGGCCAGCUUCGCGCCAUCUCACAGGCCUACAAGCACAAGUACCACCGCGGACUCGACGAUGUCAUCCGAAGGGAGUUCAGCGGCCACAUGGAGCAAGCUCUCAUCUACAUGCUCCGUAAAGCCGAAGACCCAGCCAAGCACGACGCCGACUUACUCGAGGACAGCAUGCGUGGCGCCGGAACCAAGGACCAAGCGCUCGUACGCAGGAUCGUGAUGAUCCACUGGUCCCGCGACCGCAAGGAGCAGUGCAAGGCGGCGUACCAGCACUUCCACAAGCGGGAUUUGAGGUCUAGGAUCCAAGGCGAGACGAGUGGGGACUACGAGAAGUUGAUGGUGGCAUGUAUAAGCUGA